AUGAAUCGUCUUCUCAAAUCCGUGUUAUAAAAUAAUUCUGCUAUUGGCCCUAAUUGACAUGAGUGCAACCUGCUGUAGUUGUGUGAUAACUGGGCCUAUGCUGAUUAUGGGAACCGUGUUCUGUAUGUAUCCAACGUUUACAUAUGUGGCUGGAGGAAUUGCACUGAGUCGAUUGUUUAUUGCACUGAGUCGAUUGUUAGUGGCAAAAAACACAGCAAAAGUAAACAACUUGAAAAUGUAUUUAUUUCUGUUUCAAUUUGUUUUUAAUGAUAAAUUGCAAAGAUUUGUUUUAAUUUCACGCCAAGUAUACAUUUUUUUUAUCACCUAGAAAGUACAAAAUAACGUUUUCAUUAGCAGCCGACAAUUCUCGGGUCCUUAAUUCCGCUUGUUGGCGUUUUAUCCCAAGAGACUAGUAGAAGUGGUGCGCAUCAUGCGAUCAUUCCUAUUUUGCAAUACAAAAGGAAAACACACGUGGUUCUGUAUCAGUUUCUUGCAUUCUUUUUUGCAGCUCAUAUCUUCAAAAAAUAAACAAAAAAAAUCACAUCAAAAACUGCGAAAGUAGAAAAAACCACGGAUCUCGAUCAGACCAAAGUUUUUUACAGUGGAAGUUUUUACGUUUUUACCUGUUUUUACGAAGUUUUCCUUUCAAUUUGCAUCGCUAUUUUCAUAAUUUUUUAAAAUUUUUUCAAUUAACGCGUCUUUUCACUAUCCAUUUCUUUUCGAGAAAAUGUUUUCCGACAAAGAUUGCAAAAAAAUGCUAGAAAACUGCGCGCUGGAAUCUACCGUACUCUUUAAAGGCGCACACUCCUAGUUAGAAAUAUGUCGUUUUGUCGCCAGAUAUAUUAUUUCAAACUAGUUAUCCGACUUUUCAAUGCACAUCACAAACAUUUUUUACAGACUAUAGACGCAGAUAAAUUAAAUUUGAAAAAAAAUCUAAAUUACUGUUUCAAGAGAGUGCAAAAAAAACAAGAACAAUUUUUAAUGCUAAUAUAUAUGAUUGUGAUCCCUCAAGAUUUUACCGAUUAUAUUUCCAAGUAGCUUAUAAGUAUUUUUCAGAUACCUGGUGCAUGGCGUGUGCAGCUACCAUGUCUCUAUUUUCCAAUCGGAUCAUCAGUAUUGGAUUCAGAAAGUAUGCAGAUGUAAUCGAGAAGAAACUUGCCUAUAUUUCAAUCAGUUUUGUACUGUUCUAUGGAUUCUACAUUUUUUGGUUUACACCCACAACUGUGUAUAAUUCAGUAUUUAUGACAUGGAUUCCUGAUCCAUUAUCAGAGGAAGUACCCAGUGAAGAGGCUGCUGCAAUGGUUUUUUUUUUUGAAAAUUGUUAAAUUUUUGCUGUUUCAAUUUUAAGAAAUUAUGUGACCGCAAAUGCUGUUUUUCGUUUCGUUAACAACUUUUUUUAGUACAAAAACACAAUUCAAGCGUGGAACAAUUGGGUCUUUCUGGCAUGUAUGUUCAUAUUAUUCUCCGUGUAUUUUGUAAUGGUGAAGCGAAUGGCAAAAGGACAGAAAUCGAAGGCCUCUAGAUCGGUGAGUAGGCUCGAAUUGAGUGCAAUUUUACUAGCAUAG